CCUCACUCCGGUGCUUUCCUAUGUUUUCCUAAGGAGACAUCCCCGCGGUCAGGCGGCAGUCUCUCAAUUCGCGGUUCGUGUGUGUCUCGCUCCUUUCUUCUCUUUGAGGGCAACUUCUCCCGAUUUUCCCGGCAGAAGAAUCCAUUUCGCCUCCUUUUCUUUUUCACAAAGCAACCCCUCUCUUUCUCGCGACGUUUCCCUGUCCAUAGAGGCUCGUUUCUUUCGCAUGUUCCCUCGAUAUUUGCACAGUCGGCUGGACGCAAGGAUGUGCUGCUCUGCGUGACAUGCUCGUGUUCAGUCUUUCUGAUCUCCUUUCCUUUUUCUCUGGAUCUUCGCCAGUAGGAAGGAGGUUAGAGAGCCGUUCAUCCUGAAAGUUCUUUCUGUGGUAACAGCGCUCUUCAUUCUCCUGAGGAAUUAUCUCAUUUUAGACAUCGCCUUAUGCUGUGACCACCCACCGGAACAGCCAUGAGUCGUUCUGGACGACACUGUAACUGAAAACAAAGUUGAAGGCAAACGCGGAUGUGCGUUUCUGCCGUUCUUUCAGGUUUCGAGAACUUCAGCGAAGGGAUCCGUCGUGUUUUCUCUGACUGUUCAAAGUCCACUCGUCCGCUACUUGGGACGCUGAAUAGCGUGCAUUGCUGGUUGCUGCUUCUCGGCGCCCGUUUCCGCGAUUUCCUUUUUGCGUACCCUACUUUCGUCUUCUUUCCCCGUCCUUCUUCUUGUUCCCUCUCUUAAACAGCCACUGACAAGUCAACCUUCUCGCUCGCGACGCCUUUCCGUAAUCCCGUUGAAGGCUUCGCCAACUGCGUACUCUGCAUCAGGCCGCCGAACUCGCUGAUAAUACCGGGACACAGGAGACCCCGUUGAUGCCUUGAGACCGUAUGCAUCUCAGUUCGUGGAAGUCCAGAGAACUUUCAGUGAUGGAUUCCCCUUUCUCGUAUAAUCCGAAACCGUUGACUUUAGAGAAAAUGUGUAUGCGGCCGCAGCGCUGAGCAGUUCCUUCCCCAAACUCGCCAAGGGGAAGCGUAUACAUACACACGCGUGCAAACUUCUCUGUGCAUUUGGGUCUCCUAAAAUCUCUCCUUUUCGUUUUCCCCUAGACGUGUGUGCUUGUGAAGAUGCUACGGGGAUCAGAGCGGCUCCGCAGACGCGCCAGGGCGUCGGUGGACCUAAGUGAGCACUCGGUCUCUUCUGUGUCUCGCGUUUGGCGCCUCCCAGCGAGUCUCUGGCUUCCUGUGGGAUGUCUACCUCUCGCGGUGUCGCGAAGCCACCUAAAAAACGCAAAGAUUGACUUUGUUGCUCCACCCACAUCCUCAGAAGACCGCACAGAAGGUUGCAUUUGGCUGGGGUAUCGGCUGAAACGCGAAGGAGAGCAGAGCAGCUCCUCCCAAGCCAACGGAACAGCUGUCUCGUCAGGUGGGCGUUCUCACUCUCCCCAGCCUCCUCGUUCUGUUUCACGGUCCUCGUCGCCGGGAGCGAGAGACAGCGAAGAAGAAGAGACACCUGGAGACCGGACGUGCUUCGACGUUCUCCUGUCUCUCUGUGGCGCGACGAAUGCGGCCUGGGAGGCGAGACUCGAGGCCGCGUGGUGGAGCAGGGAUGAGGAAGAAAAACGCAGCUCGUCGCAAGGACAAAGAGAGGACGCGACAGGGACGGCAUCGCAGACGACAGCGAAACGCACAGAGACAGUUCAACUGAUUUUCUCCGUAUGGAUCAAUAUCAGUCCCUUUCUCAUGAAGAGAACAAACGCGGCGUCGCAGUUCGCUCCGAACGAGUUCCUCGCCUCCGCCUCCGAAAUCUUUCUUCUUCAACACCUUCUCCCUCUCCGGACCUUAAGUCGCCUUCGCCUUCCUCUCAAACCUGUCUUUGCUUCCUCUUCAGCGCAGACAAUGCCACCUUCUUCGUCUUUGUCGUCUUCUUCGUCUUCUUCGUCUGCUUCGUCUUUGUCGUCUGCUUCUUCGCCUCUUGCUGUUCUCGGGGCGACUCGCGGAGACGAAUGGGAAGUGUAUGCUGGAUUUGUGAGAACCGUCUUUGCCGCUGGGCGCGAGGGGGGAGAGAAGGGAGCGCGUCUGGUCGCGUCGUGUGGGGGUCUGAUGUGCAGCAGGCACUUCCCCAGUCCUCCAGCUUCUCUGUCGCUUCAGUCCGCGUACGACCUUGUCUCUGAAAGCGCUUGGCGGCUACAGGUCGACGAACCUCCGCCGCAUUCGCUGCUGCACUUCCUCGCGUCCUCCCUCACGAAAAAUGCGAACUCGACCUUCCCCACAAGAGAUACGCGACAGCAAGAGAAAACCUCUGGGGCUUCGUCCGCCUCUCUGUUUCGCUGUAAGUGUGGCAUUUGCAGGCUGACGCAUGAGGCGUUGCACAUGCUGCUGGCGUUUCUGGAUCCAGCUUCUCUCGCCGCGUUCGGGACGACGAACCGCAGCCAUUUCCUGCUGGCGGAGCCAGUUGUUCCCGGUCUCCAGCUGAUGGUGGGCGACUGCUUUCUGCAUCCUUACGCGCAACCUCCGCGAGAGAGCAUGGCUGCAGCCUCUGCCCCCCCGCAUUUGCUGGAUUUGCCCCCCUCAAAGGCCCCAGAUCCCGAGGCGACGCUCGCGCGAGAAGAAAGCAGAAAUCUUUUUCUCGGAGGUCUGUUCACGCACCAGACCCACGGCCUUCUCUGGCUGCGACACCGGGAGCGGCGGGUCGCCGCGCAGGCGCCGCCGUUCUGUUUCUGCAUGCAUCCCGCAAAACGCCCGAGACACCUGCAUGCGGACCGUUCCGCCGCGUCUCCGGCGUGUGUAGCCAGCGUGCCAGCGGCAGAGAGCCCCCCCGGAAGUCAGGCAGAUUUCGAGGCGGGAGAAGAUCGCGAUCGACGAGAUGAAGAGAGAGAGAGCAUCGAACAGAGAGAUGUCCUCUCCGGCGAGUGCCGGCUAGCAGAUGACGCUCUCAAAUUCUUGGCCAAGUGGACAGAGCUUCAGCUGCCUCACCAUGCGUGGUUAACUGGCUCUGCGGGACCCCGGCAAGCGGCUGCAUGGGGAGACGUCUCUCGGCGCGCGGAUGCAGCGAACUCACAGGACAGCGAUACGUCCCGCGGCGCUGCAGGCUACAUGCAUGCAGGCCAAGACAGCGUGGAAGAGCGAUGCGAGUCUGCAAGAACAGAAACGACCACAAGUGCCUCGAGGCACAGCGUCAAUGCAGGACAUGUAGAGUUGCGGGGCGAGAGCAGGACCGGUGAGAAAGGCGUUGAGCGUCGAAGGUCGGCAGGAGCAGAUGAGGCGUUAAAGGGGAAGGACGCGUAUGACAAAGACGAGAAAAGUGGACGGGUGAAAAGCGACGACGCACGAGAGAGAACACCCGCUGAGACUGGCGAACCAGUCGAGCUCUGUUUGGAGGAGAAGGCGGACAAAGAGACACCCGGCGCUCUGGCUGGCUAUUCGUAUCGACUUCUUCUGAGUGAAACCGCGUCGUUGGCGUGCUUAGCCGCUCCUCAUCCAUCGGAAUUUCAAGACUGGAAACCACACCUUGGUGCCCCUGAGGCCUCGUCUUCUGCAGAGUUCUCGUCGUUCCCCUCGCACGCUUCAGAUGCAUGCACGGGCGAAAAGACGACGCAUUACGCGUCAGAAAAAGCAGAUUUCUCUGCGGCGUUUCCAGCGUCAAGGCUGGCCGAGAGGGAAGAAGAAGCGGACCGAGGAUCGGAGGGAUUCUAUUUUCUCCCGCCUCAUUUCGCACUUCCGCAGACAGACACUGGAGCUUUCUCUCUCUACUUCAACUCGGACACCCGCCUCUGUGCAAUCGGAUUCAGCCGCAAGCACAGGAAUGCAAAAACUCACAGAGCAUCUGUUCCUUCUUCCUUUGCCUCAUCCACCUCUUCCUCUUUUUCGUUGUCAUCGUCAUCUGCCUACUCUGUUUCGGUGCCGUCUUCCGCUUCUGGCUCUUCUUUCUCGUCUUCGUCCGAGGUGUCUCCGUUGUCUCCUUCCCUGGGCGGAGACACACAGUCUCUCGUUUCCAUUCGGGGAUGGACGCAAGGAACGAGAGGUGGUGGAGGUUUGUUCUGCGACGAUCCGGGAUUGGGAAAGACGCUCGCGAUGCUCUCCGUCAUGGUCAAGAGCAUGGGGCGCCUGCCGACAGUCGCGCGCCCUGUCAAGGAGUGGAUGGCUGGCUAUCUAGCUCGACUGCAUGCAGGCCGGCGACAGCCUUCGCAGAGACCCCGCGAGAGACCGGAAGCAGACGACGCUGCAGAAGACAGAGAUGAAAGAGACAGCGGUAAAGGAGACAACGGCGGAGGAGACGAAAAUGAAUUGGACGGAAAGGAAGGAGACAGGAGUGGAGGAGAUAGUAAUGACGAAGAUAAGGAGAAGGAUAGAAAUUCGAAUUGGCCGACAGAGAAAAGGGACAAGAGAGGACAAAAGAGAGAGAAGACGCAGGGGCUCGACGAUGCAGAGACGGACAGCCAGUGCUACGUGUGGAAGUUUGCGGCCAACGAAAUCAACUCGUAUUUCAGAGAACAAGGCGUCAGGAGCGCUUUUUCCUACCCACAGCUGAAUCCGCUUCUUUCCGAGGCCGAAGCCGGAGUGUCUCCCGCCGACGGAUCUGUCGCUUUCCUCGACCUCCCGAAGGGGAGUGGAGGCUCUUGUCCUUCAUUAUCUCGACAUUCGUCUGGCUCCCUCGGCGAGGAAAAGCCGCUCAGCCGGUUCGGUCGGACCAAGUUCUUGGUCGGCUAUUCACUGCCUCCGGCAGAGUCGCUUCCCAGCGAGCUUCGCGAGUUAACUCUGGACGGGACUGAUCCCGGCGCAGAGACAUUUCGACAGACUGCAUGCAUCCGGGAUGUGGCUACACAGCUCGCGUCUCGACAACUGCUUUCCGAAGCAGAUCUUCAUGAGUCCUCACAGCAGGCAGAGAAAUUGAUGCAGAAAAUGAAGAGGAUCUAUCACCAGCUGUCGAGUACACUGUCAACUCGACACGGGGACCCCAACGCGCUUCUCAGGUCUCUGGUCAACAGAGAGGUGAGCGACCAGAUCGCGACCGAUGAGCGCGCGAGGCGUCUGCAUGCGAAUCUGGCUUCCCCACCCUCUCGUGAGAGGAGGAUCGACGAGGAGGGCACCGAAGAAGAAGCGCAUGUUGUUGAAAGACAAGAACAGGUCGAGGAGCCCUCCGGCAGAACGACUGUGAGAGGCGCUGACGAAGGCGAAACUCUGAGGAGACAGCAGGGCGGCGGAACUGUGAUGGCGCUUAACCUCGAGGGAGAAGACACUCGAGACGCAGGCGGGAUCGAAACGCAUGCCUCGGGGACGUCUCAGUCUUCCGCGGAUCCGACGACAUGUUCCCCAUGCGCCGAGCAUGGAGAAGAGAGGGCGGCCGAGGCCGAAGGGAGCAGACACGAGGAAGGAAAGUGCAAAGACUCCCAAUACGUCAGGAGAGCGACAGAAGGCGAAAGAUUACUGGACGGACGGGGGGGAGGCAAGAAACAGAAGAGGAGGGAAGACCUGGCUUGCGAUACGAAAGACUUCUUCUCGAAGCAAGACAUCGAACUGUUCAGGCUUCUCCCUGUCACACGACCUCAAGAUAUCCCUUCCCAGAAGCCACCAGAGUUUCUUCUUUCUCACGGGACUCUCCUUGUCUGUCCAACUCCCCUCGUCAACCACUGGAGUUCGGAAGUGAAGAAAUGGUUUUCCUGGUCGCACUGCAACGACGUGGACAGGCUGAAGGUCCUCGUGCUAGAGCGUCGUGACCGCGCGCAUGCAGUCCCGCUGCCGACGCGUGCAGAGCUCGCUUCCUGUCACCUCGUGAUUUGCUCUCAACAUUUUUUGACGGCCGAGUUUCAGCGCUGUCUUGCGUCUGUCUGGGCGCAAGGCCAGGCGCCAGAGAGGUCGCUCUCGGGGUCGAAGAAGCGAAGAACUGACACCGAUCCCCGGCUCGCUCAGACCAGCGGAAAAGUCCUCCAACUGCCGAAGCAGUCCAGACGACUGGCGACCCCGCAGGAAGUCGAGGAGGCGAUGUGGGGGAGAGACGUGGCGGGAACGCCUCGUUUCUCGGUUCACGCAGACAGCCGAUCGUCCGGGAGUCCGUUUCUUUCGCAGGACAGGAGAGGCGAAACGGAGGCGUUUGGCGACGACGCUCCGGCCGCCUCGGGGGCGCUCCUUGCGCGGCUUUUACACGAAGUAGGUGCUGGCGCCGGACUCAGCAAAGGGCAUGUCGGCGAAAGAUUCUGCAGAUCCAGAAGCCCCCUUCUGUCGAUUCACUGGCAGCGACUCGUCGUCGACGAAGGCCACAGCCUCUCCAGGUGCACAGCUCAGUACGUCCAGCUUUGCCGGAUGAUUGUCGCCGACAAAAGAUGGGUGCUCACAGGCACACCGACGAGUCGCCAGUCGCUGCGUCACAGCUUGACAGGACUAACGGCUCUGUUGGAAUUCUUGCGACAUCCCUUUGCUCUGCCAUAUCGUCAUUGUGGUGUAUCGGCGACUAAAACCAGCCCGCUGAAAGCUGCGAUUUGCCGGCCUUUGUUGGAGAGAGGAGAAGCCUCUGCACUGUUUCAACUUGCGCUGCUUCUCAAUACUUGCCUCGUCCGGCAUAGCAAAGAACAGUGCCAGCGUCUGCCCGCGUUGCGAGGCCCAACCAUAUAUCGAAUCGAGCCAUCCGCGAAAGAGAGAACGACGUACAACGACCUUGUCCAGCUCAUGCAAAGAAAUCUCUUCUGCACCUACUACUCAAGGAAAAACAAGGAUUCUCUUCUCCAUCCAAGCCAGCGAGCCCAGGCGUCAACUUCUCUUUGGAAUCUGCGGUUCAGCUGCACAAUUCAGUCGGAGUCUCACCUCCACAUUCUGACCAAGUGGGUCGACGAGGCCGUUGAGAUGCUCGCCAACAAGCAUGCAGUCUACCACAACGAGUUCCCGUACAAGUUCCAGUUCGAGAGGAUCGCCUAUGUAGUCGAGGUUUAUCUUCGUCUGAACAAAGUGGAGAGAACGUACGCAACAUGCGACAUGUGCCGUCAGGCGAUUCGCUUUCCACUUCUCGUUCCUUGUCCUUCUCUCCACUUGCUUUGCACAGAGUGCUUGUUCCCGCAGAUUUUCUCAGACAACCUGUGCCGUCGACCGCCGUUGCGCCACUGCCCGCUUUGCUGGCCGCAUGCACCGAUUAAUGCAGAUUUCUUUGACCGGCUGCAGCCUCCAGUGGAGCACAACACCACGUUCGACUGGCCCUUCAAGGUGACGCGAGGCGCGCGAGCAAACGCGGAGUUAGACAGGCGAUCGCUCAUCUUCCGGAAUCAGCAGUCGGCUCGGCGAGAUCGACAGGAGGGUGGGAACCGAGAGGACGUUCCCGACCGUGGUUUGGGCGGCAGCCGCGGGAGUCCGAGGGGAGCUGGGGGGUUGUUCUCUGGAUGCAUGCAGUCUGACGAGCUAAACGCGAGUCGACGAGACGACGGAGAGACACUCGUGAUGGAAGUGGAAACCUACCGGGCGUGCGUCGGCGCUGUCGGGGGGCCUCUGUCCCCUCAGGGAGCUGAGGCUGUCUUUGCUGCUUCGCAUGCGAGGUCGGCGGGGGUUUGUCCGGAGGAUACAUCUGAAGAGCGACCGAGCAAGAACGCUCUGGACACCGCAGCGAGGCGCCGGGCGGACCAGAGAGGACAGACGCGUUUGAGUGAGGUGGCGAGCGGGCCGAGAGACGAAGGAGGCCUCCCCAACCUUCUUCCUGCGCAUUUGCCUGGAUCGACUCUGGCUCCGCGGUUAGUCGAGAAAGUCAAGGAAAAACGUACGUUUCGAGCGUCAGCAGAAACACUGCGAAUCGUCCGCCGGUGGUUCCCUCAGGAUGAGCAUUCGCGACAGUUGAGAGACGACGCGUUUGCCUUUCUCGGGAAAGAUGACUUCUCUCCGAGCGCGUCGACGGCCAGCUGCGCCGAGGCUGGGAGUCCCCAGGGGACUCCAAGACUGAGGCCAACCCCAGAGAUCGUGGGGGGCAGUGAGAAAACGAACUCAGGUCGCGGGGGGCAUGCGGUCGUGUUUGGCGGCUCUUUGGCGGCCAUCGCGACUCCAAAAGUAUCUCCUUUGUCUUGCUCAUGCAAAUCGGACGUCGCCACUCCCGGUGUCUCCUCGGCAGCGGCGCCGACGCUGACGCACGAUCCGAGGAUGAACAGCGCGCGCUUUACGCGUGGGGCUCUUGGGGGGCUGGGGGUGAUCGCGAGCGCGGGAGGCAGCGAAGGGAGGAGUGAGGCGGGUGUGAGACAAGGAGACAAGGGAGACCAAGGUGGAAGACUUACCUAUCCUCGAUAUGUCGACGUGGAGGAUGCGUUUGCCUACGAUUUCAAUGAGAAGGACGAUGGAGGCGAGACAAAGAACGUUCUGUCUCCGUUCUCGAAUCGGCGGCCUGGGACUUCGCCUUCGGCCUCUCGUGCUCCACACUCCUCUCCGAGAAAAGGUCACUUGUCCUGGCGGACGCCUGCUAGCCUUUCGUCGCUUUCCUUUUCCUCCACCUUCUCUCCCAUCACCAGCGCCUUUGCACAUCCUUCUUCGUUCCGUGCUUUGGGAGAGUGCGUCUCGAGUCAGAGGUCGAGGUCUGAGAGCUUCGCCUCGUCUACGUUUCCAUCGUCUUCAGGAAACGAAGGCACCUGGCGAACGGCAUGCGGGCCUCGGGGCGCAGCCUUGGCUGCUCGGCGAGAAGCGACGUUGCUGAGCCUUCUGCUUUCAGGAGGCAUUUCAACUCGGGAGAUUUUAGAGGAGUUUGACGACGCAGAAAUUGACGAAGAAGACGCGAUAUUCUUCAGCUCGAGCAAGAACGCCCUCGUGGUUCGGCGCAUCCUCCACAUCAUCUACUCGGGAGACUUUGCUCAAAAUAACAUUCCAGAGAGCCUCUUGGAGCCGCGACAGAGACCGGCAAUCGAUGGGGCUUCCCAGGCUGCUGGCGCCUUUCCGGGAUUGUCGUCUCUGGACAUGAACAGCCAGGAACAGCUGAGCGAGAAAUAUAGGUUUCCAAACAAUGACACCUGCGACGAAAGCGACGGGGGUCCUCUCGCGACCCCCAAGAAGAAGGUCUGCUUCGCCGAUGCAUCUCUGUAUUCUUCCUCAUCUUCCUCUUCUUCCUUAUCUCCUUCCUCUUCGUCGUUAUCUUCGUCCUCUUCUUCAGAUGGUCGUGCUCGGUUUGCAUCUCCGAAGGCAGAGCUUGGAGGAGGGGCAGCGAUCGAUACGUGGACAGGAAAAAAGGCGGCAAAAGAGAGAAAGACGUGCGGUCGAGGAAAGCCUGAAGCAGCUGCGGCGAGCGAGCCUAGAGGUGUCGAGGUUCAUACAAAUCCGAACUCGCUGCUCUCCUCGGAAGCUUCUUGCGCGACUCAGGUGAAGGCGAUGUGCGGAUCGCUUCCUGUUUCUUCUUCGCCGUCUGUCGCGGGGACGCGAAACGGACAAGGAGAACAAUCGGAGGCUGGCUUCGGCAACAGAGGCAUUCUGAAGAAACGAGGGCGAGAUGAGACAGCUGCAUCACUGCGAGGCACAGAUCGCCUAAUCAAGCGCUGUCCAAAGAUCAUUGUCGCGUCGUCUCUGUGGGAGAACCUUUUCCUCCUCGGCUGCUUCCUGGAGAAACACAGCGUGAAAUGCUGUCACUUUUACGAGAAGAUGCAGGACAAAACAAAUCGAGUAGAGGCCCUCAAGAGCUUUCAACAAGACACCGAAACGAUGGUCCUUCUCCUCUCCACACAGCUUGGCGCUCAUGGCCUUGACCUGAGUUGUGCAUCCCAUGUCCUUCUGCCAGAUCCUCCAACAGAUCCAAAUGUGGAGCAGCAGGUGAUAUCGAGGGCGCACCGAAUGGGCGCACUGCGUGACGUCCACGUGGAAAUUUUUAUUCUCAAAGAUACAGUCGAGGAAACGAUUCUUCAGCGCCGCGGAGUGUGGACAGCCUCCCCACCUUCAGACGCAGGCCCAGACGGCAAGGCAUACAAGGAUACAUCGGGAUGUCCGUACAACAAACAGUCGUUUGUGUUUGGCACGCGAUUUCCUCGAGAGGCGAGGCGCGACCGACAGGCGGCCUUUGCAACUGAACGGACAGACGCUGAGGAGCACAUGUCUCCCACCGCGGAAUUUGUUGGAGAGACAGACGGGAGGCGUCUGAGUGGAAAAAAGGGCAAAUCCCCGCGGACAUGCGGGCCAGAGGGCACGCAUACGCACUUACGGAAACGUGGACAGAAAGCCAGCUUUCAAGGAGAUGCCUGUACAACCGACAGGCGUGGAGUCGCGGGUGUGGGAGCUGCUCCUGCCUCUGAAGACGAAACUUCCUUAAACACGAGCAGAGAUGGAUCCCAAUCACCCUCUCCCGUUUCAUGGGGGUCAGAACGCGUUGCUGGCAGCAGCAGAGUUGGUGGCUCAAUGCGUGCCCAGCCAAACUGGCGGGAGAUUCACGAUGAGGCUGUCGGUUUGGGAGAAGGUCUCCAAAAACAAACAGAGUAUUUGCUUAGAACGCUCCGUACCAUUCGCAGACCAGCUUGCGCUGAGUAGAGUGACCAGUUCUACGUGAAAGAAUCGACGGGUUCAGUAAUGCUUUUCCAGUGCAAUACAUAGACCCAGUGCCUCAGGUUUGACUGAACUCUUAUACGGAUUUUUUCUGUGGUUCCACGUUAGAGACAUAAUCACCACCGGUCCCGCUUGUAUGCGAGACACAACGCUGAACAACACUGGAGAUCUGAAGGAGCG